CGAGCCAGUCGUCGUUUGUCGCUCGACUUAACGGUUCGCAUUUGCUUGUAACGCGCUCUCCCGGAAUAAAAAGAAAAAAAAAAACUCUGUGCUUCACUUCAGCCGCCAUUAAAAUUGUGCUCUCAAGAAGUUCCAGUUGAUUAAAAAGCAAAAAGAAUAAACGAAAGAUUGAAGUGCGACAGCUAAACGGUUUAAUUAAGAAAGCACUCUCACUAGAUAAGUGCAGACACAGAAGCUAGAUAGCCUUUCACUAGGAGACCACCCGCGGCUGGCUGAUUUACAGGAACGAACAGAUAAAAGCGGAACAGCAGGAAUAUGGGUAAAGCUCAGAGCAAGCGUUCGAUCGACAUUACCACCGAUCCCAAGAAGGUCGGCGAGGGGGAUGCGGUGGCCGGGAAGGUAGAGAAGAUCGAGGAUCCCGACCAGAAGGCGGCAGCGCCGGCAGUGAAUGGUGAUGCGGCCACGCCCAAGGAGGCAGCUGGCGAGGAGGCAGCUGGCGGCGAUAAAAAGGAGACUGAGGAGCACUCGGAGAACGAUAAAGAUCUGACCACCGAGAAGAAUACAGCCGCAGCAGCAGGUGAGGGCGCCUCUGGAGAAGUGGGAGCAGCAGCAGCAGCCGAAACGCCGAAAAGCGAUGCUGCCUCCCCAGAGGGCUCGUCCCCCAAGGAGGGAGCCGCUGGAGAGGAUAUCUCACCACUGGCCGACGAGAGCAUCAAGUCCAAGUCCAAGAAGGAUAAGGUCAAAAAGAAGUGGUCCUUCCGAAGCAUCUCGUUUGGCAAGAAGGACAAACAAAAGCCAGCCAAGUCCGAGGAGCCCGUCUCCCCGACAUCGGCCACAACAUCACCGACCACGGCUGAGGCAGCUUCUCCUGCCGCCGCCGCUGAGCCAGCGGCCACAACAAACGGCGAAACCGAGCAGCCCGCAGCAGCAGCAGCAGAAGCAGAGAAUGCUAGCGGUGCGCCUGCCACUGAGUCCACGUCCAAGGCUGAAGUAAAGCCCGCUGAGAACGGUUCGGCGAGCGAGCAGGAGAAACAGGUCAACGGAGAGGAGGAGAAGGCGUCGCCAGCCCCAGCAGCAACAGUCGUAGAAGCGGAAAAGCCCAAGACCGCCGAAGAACCAAUCACUACUGCCACUGUCAUUGCCGCCACCACCACCACCACCGAGACGAAUGUUGUUGUCGCUGCCGCCACUACCACCGAAGAAGCCGUCAAAGAGAGCCUGCCAGAGCCCGUUGAGGUUGUGACCAAUGGUCAUGGUGCAGCAGCUGCCGGCGAGGCGCUGACCAAUGGCGAUAGCAAUGGCCUGUCCGAAUCAUCACCCGUAGUUGAGGCAGUUGCAGAAGCAGCAGCCGAGAUCAUUCCAAGCAGCGUUGAUGAGGAGCCACACCAGAAUGGCACAAACGGUGUCUCUUCCGGCAGUGCCACGCCACCGCCCACACCCGUUGCCGUCACCGCCGCCGAGUCCUCUGAGGCCGAACAGAUCAAGAACAAGUCGCAAAUCGAGGUAAACCCCACCACCACCACCAACACAGACACCACCACUUUCAACUCCUCCAACGCACAACACAACAACAACAACAACACUGUAAAUACAAGUACAACAAUAACAACAACAACAACCGAAAACGAUAACGAAACCGAAACCACAGAGAACCCCACCAAAACAACAACCACAACAGAAACAACCACUGAGACCGAGACUGUUGUAGCAGCCGCAGAGUUAGUUCAGACCCAAACAAUCCUAACCACCAAAAACACUACCAACACGAUCCUCCAGGCAGCAGCAGCAGCAGAAGCAGAAGCAGCAGCAGCAGAUGAAGAAGCUCAAGUCGUUGAGGCAAUCAUUCAAGCGGUUAGUAGCGAGGUGGAGGCCGAUGCCGAUGCCGAUUCCGAGGGAUUCGUUGUUGUUGAUCCCGAAACCGAAACUGAACCCAAAACUGAACCUGAAACCGAAUCCGCAUCCGCACUUGAUGAGUCCCCCAGUGAAGCUGUUGUACCCGUUGUUUCUCCUGUGUCCAAAGGCGAACAGACCGAAAUUCCAGUCGAUACAGAGUCCGUUUCAGAGCCCAGCUCUGAUCCUGUCGAUGCCGAUGCCGUUGUAGUUGUUGAGGCAAGGAACAGCAGUCCACCACCGUUGCCCAAGUCGCCGCCACCCUCCCGUGUCUCUGCCUUCAUCCUAGCCGAGGAUGCGAGUGAAGAGCCAGAAACAACUGAGACAGAACGCUCGGAAAUUGAGAAGCAGGCCAUCAGCAUUGUGGAUGAAAUAACCGAACAUGCAGCCGAGAUUGUGACCGAAGACCGCAAAGUGCUUCUCGACAUAGUGGAGGAGCUGGAGCCCGUGCUGGUCGUCGGAGAAACUAAUGAAGUCGUAUCUUCCACGUCUACGGAUCUUGAUGAAGAGCCAGCUAAGCCAACACCAGCGGAUGUUGAUGAUGAGGAUUUGGAUGGGGAUGAUAAAGAGCUAAGAGCGCCAGAACAGGAGCAAAUCGUAGAAUCGCAAAGCGAUAACGACAGCACUGUCGAUAACAUCAUCAGCGAACAGGCUGAUACGCUCAUCACUAAAAUUGGGGAACUGCCACAGGUGGAUGUCCGAGUGAACGAAGCAGAGGAAGAGAGCAACAACAAGGAUAUCGCUAAGGAUCUGAAGGAGAAGAACGCCGCGGCAGACCAGACAACACAGGAACUGCCCGUUACAUGCGAAUAAUCCUACUCAUAAUUAUUAUAUAUAAUAUUACAUAUUAUUAAAACAGAAAACCAACAAAAAAAAAAA